UAUUGCUAUAUUAUCUAUUAUUUGUAAUAAUGCAAGUCAAUGGAACAAAUGAAACUCGGACCCGAACAUCCCGUGCAAAAAAUAGUAAUAUCGUGGAUCGUCGAAUGUAUUUUGCCAUUGCUGUAAGUCCACAAGCUCACGAUUCAGAAACCGGUGGUUCUGUAACAUCUUUCACACGUGCUUUCAAUAAAACACUCUCGAAUAUCACUCAAUCGUUUUGGAGUCAUAAAAAUCUCGAUGAUAUUACGGCGGAUUCGAAAGGGGAAAAUGUGUUUACGUAUAAUAUUACACUGGAACCAUUGGUAAUUGAGUUACCGGAGAAUGGAGCGUUUUCGAGUAAUUUUCUGGAACGAUUGUGUGUACAAUUGGAGGGACGACAUGUUGCGGCAAUGUUAAUCGUUGGUAGUUCACCGGCUGCUUUUACGGUUGCCUUGGUUGCAAGUAGUUCGAGUGUACCGAUUUUAUGGGCGCGUGGAUAUUCGAAUUUUAUGACAACGUUAACACAUCGGGAUAUGCAUCCAUAUGAAAUCUAUUUAGAACCAUCUGCAUAUGAAACAUUACAAGCAUUACGUUCAUUAUUUCUACAAACACAUUGGCAUUCAUUUACAAUAUUAGCAGAUGAUUCUACCACCUCAACCAUAUUGUUACGUAGAGAGUUAUCAUCGAUACUAUCGACACCACCAUUGAAUCCAACAAUCUCGUAUUUACCAAGAAAUGCUAAUACACAUGCUAUAUUUAGACGUUUGGCCGAUAUAUCGAGGGCAACACGUGGAGUUGUCAUAUUAAUGAGUGAUUUAUUGCAAGCAAGACGUGUCCUUGACGAAGCAAAACGUUUAAAUAUGGUUGAUGGUCAUUUUGUAUGGUUAUGGCUAGAUACCGGUGGUAGUACCAACAAUAUCAAUCCACCAAUAACAGAACAUUCAAACAUCAAUCCACAUAUAAUAUCAUCCGCAUCUUCAUCCUCAGCCGCUGCUUCGUCUUCCUCAAUAAUUAAUAAUGAUUUUUCAUCAAAAAAUACUGACGACACCAAUUAUUCACAAGAACAAGAUGGCCGCGCAUCUUUAACAAUAAAUAGCAAUAGUGAAAAAAACAGAUUAAAACGUGAUUUAAUAAAAAAUGUCCAUAAAUUAAAUAAUAAGUCUAAUUUAAUAAAUUUUAGUGAUAUAAUAAAUAAUUUACAAAGUGAUAUAGGGAAUGUGCCUCAAAUUCAAACAAAUUUAAAUAAUAUAAACAAAUCGUCAACGGAAUCUUCGUUGCCAUCACCUCCACAACAAAUAACAAAGAAUCUAAAUAAUCGUGUGCCUAAUAAAAUGUAUUAUCAUACAGAAGAUAUGUGGCCAACAAUUAAAACACAAAGAUCACGUGAUAAACGUCAAACUAUCAUGACGUCAUAUGGUAUGACACAAAAUAAUGAGAAUUAUUUAUUAAAAAAUGAUAAAUUUUUACUAUUUAAUAAUUUCAAUAAUUUGGAAACAAAUAAGAAAAAAAAUCGUGUAAUAUUUACAUCUUCAAAAAAUAAUAAAUAUAAACAUAGUGGAAGCAGUGGUAGUGGGGGAAUAAAUGAUGAUGAUGAUGAUUUAUUUAAUGAUGAUGAAUUUAAAAAUGAUUUACCUGUUGGUUUAUUAGCAAUUAAAGUACAACCAUUGAAAUUAGAUCGUCAUUUAAUUAAAGGUGCUGUACGAUUAUUAGCGAUUACGUUACGAAAUGUUUUAGCAAAAUGUCCGCCAGAAUGGAUUGUUACGCGAACGGUACAAGUUAAAGAAUGGUAUGCAUCGUGUUGGCAUAAUUUUCCAUUUAGUAAUAAUGCUGAUUUCAAUAAAUUUAAUAGUGACGGAAGUGCAGGGGUUAAAAGUGCGGGGAGAAGUGAUGAUGGGGUGAAUAGUGGGGACUCAUCAAUUAUGACGUUGGACAGUUAUCCAACGUCAUUAACGUUGGAUAACAAUUCACCACAAAGCUAA